UCUGCCCUCAGGACUGUGCAGGCAGCGGCGUCCCGCAGGGAAACACCGAGGGCCACAGUCACAGUUCCCUCCUCCAGCCACAGGGGGCGCUGUGCCAACAGACUGAGAGCUGGGAGAGGAGGGACAGGGAGCAGGUUGUGUCAGAAGACGGGGAGUCAUCGCCUCAGGGUGGAUCAGAAGCGAGGCAGCCAACAGAUACAGCGACAAUGGGCUUGCCUUUAUGUGGAGCGGACACACCCACGUCAAACACACCCACACAUUCAGCGGACACGCCCACUUCGCACACACCCACACAUUCAGCGGACACGCCCACUUCGGACACACCCACACAUUCAGUGGACACGGCCACCUCAGACACACCCACGCGUUCAGCAGACAUGCCCACCUCUGACAUGCCCACAUUGGACACGCCCACCCUGGACUCACCCAUAUCGGACACGCCCACCCAGGACACACCCACCCCGGGCACGCCCACAGCAGCAGCAGCUGACCCCCCUGUGAGUCCGGCUGACCCGCCCCGGAGGAGAGGAGGCCGGACGAGACCCCGCCCCCUGUCUGACUAUGGUCAGCUGGCCAGCAGGAAGUUCUCCAUCCCUGAGGAGGAAGUGGAACAUCAGAGGGAAGAGCUGAACGGCCCCGCCCAAACGGACCGCGGCGCUAACGGCCGACCCGGCUCCGGCCAGGAGGACUGUAACAGCAGCGAGGGGCGUCUCCCCAGCCUACAGCCCCACCACAGAAAGCGGCGCCCCAGCUCUGUCAUCGGGGGGGUGGACCUGUACCCCUCGUCCACUGUGGAGGAGCGGGUGGACUCGGCGCACCCCCGGCCACCCGUCCCGUCCCACCAGGUGCCCCCCUACAGGGCGGUGUCAGCCAGGCUGCGCCCCUGCCCCCUCUCCCAGAGCACCCCCAUCGGGCUGGAUCGCCUCGGCAGCCGCCCCCGCCUGCACAGAAUUCUCAGCGACGCAGGGGCAGAGAGCUCAGGCAUGCUGGAUGACAGUGUGAGUGAGGAAGACGGCAGCUUCGAUGAGCUCAGUGAUGUCACACCCUACCUACAGCCAGGGACAGAGCUGUCCAAACUCAACGAGUGGAUAGCCUCGGGGCAGGCGGUGUAUGCCGAGGCGCUCUGGGAUCACGUGACGAUGGAGGAGCAGGAGCUGGCCUUCAAAGCGGGAGAGGUCAUCCGCGUGCUGGACGCCAGCAACAAGGACUGGUGGUGGGGCGUGGCCACCGACAGAGAGGCCUGGUUCCCCUCCUGCUUCGUCAGAGUGCGGGUGAAUCAGGAGGAUGCUGUGGUUGCCGCGGUGACAGAGAGUGCUGAGAGCACGCAGGACCGGGAGGAGACCCCGAGCAGCGCGCGGAUGCACAGCUCAGAGCACAGGGACCAGAUGAGGACCAACGUGGUGAAUGAGAUCAUGAACACUGAGCGUGUUUACAUCAAACACCUCAAAGACAUCUGUGAGGGGUACCUGCGGCAGUGCAGGAAGCACACGGGCAUGUUCACCCCCCCGCAGCUCAGCACCAUCUUCAGCAACAUCGAGGAGAUCUACAGGUUCCAGCGCAGGUUCCUCAAGGAGCUGGAGAAGAAAUACAACAAAGAGGAGCCCCACAAGAGCGAGAUCGGCUGCUGCUUCCUCCUGCAGCAGGAGGAGUUCGGGGUGUACUCGGAGUACUGUAAUAACCACCCGCGGGCGUGCUCGGAGCUGCAGCGGCUGAUGAAGCUGCGUCGGUACAGACACUUCUUCGAGGCCUGCCGUCUGCUGCAGCAGAUGAUUGACAUCUCCAUCGCCGGCUUCCUGCUCACGCCCGUGCAGAAGAUCUGCAAGUACCCCCUGCAGCUGGGAGAGCUGCUGAAGUACACCCCCCCAGAACACAGGGACCACGGCAGCGUGAGCGGGGCGUACGAGGCGAUGAAGAAGGUGGCGCGGCUCAUUAAUGAGAGGAAGAGGAGGCUGGAAAACAUCGACACCAUCGCCCACUGGCAGACCGCCAUCCUGCGCUGGGAGGGGGAGGAUGUGCUGAGCCGCAGCUCGGAGCUGAUCCACUCGGGGGAGCUGACGUGGGCGUGGCCCGACGGCAGGACGCAGCAGCGCGUCUUCUUCCUGUUCGACCACCAGAUGGUGUUCUGCAAGAAGGAUGUUCUGCGGCGGGACCUGCUGCAUUACCGCGGCCGGCUGCACACGGACGGGCUGGCGGUGCAGGACCUGCCCGACGGGCGUGACGCCCAGCUCGGCCUCGCCCUCAAACACGCCUUCCGCCUGCGGGACGCCGCCACGCGCGAGGAGUGGACCUUCUGCGCCAGGAAAGCGCAGGACAAGCCGCGCUGGCUGCAGGCCUUCGCCGACGAGCGUCGCCGCGUCCGGGAGGACCAAGAGAUGGGAAUGGAGAUCACAGAGAGCCAGAGGAAGCAAGCGAUUCUCAACGCAAGGAAAUCCAAACGUGGAAAACUGAGAAGUAUGGGCUACGCUGGAUGUCCCGCACCUAACCAGCCCCUGCACCCCCUCCACCAGCGCCACGUUACCGUGCCAACCAGCAUCCCCCAGCAGCCUGUCUUCUCAUUGGCCGAGCCCAAACGCAAGCCCUCCCACCUGUGGAGCAGCUUGGCCCGCCACGCCUUCUUCAGAAAGUGAGGCCGGCGGCCGCGCCUCGCAGACUCUGCCGUCCCGUGCCGUCCCCCGCCCUCCUCUGAGGGGGGACACCACAGAGAGAGGAGGACGCCUCCUGCUGGUGUGGAGGAUUUAGGAACCAAACUGCCUGUGAAACACUGAGACUCUCCCCUCUCCCGUCAAACUGCUGUCAUACCCAUUAUGUUCCAUUUGUAUGUAUACAUCUAUAUGUGUGCUCAUUCAUAUGCAUAUACAUACACUCAGUUAUACAUAGGGCUGUAUACUUUCAGUGUUUUUUACGUUUUGAGUGGUAAAAAUCUGUGCAUGGGUAACGUUGACGUUUAUCAUAGGAUGUUUUUUAAGAGGACGCUGUAGUUUUUAAGUAGCUCACUUUUUACUCAGUGUGGAUGUAAAACAGAGACAGCCUUGGCAAGCACUGUACUAUCCACCACUGCACCAGACCAUCUUACCACUAGAUCAUAGAAUCUCACAUUUUUAAUACAGUCACUGCAUUUAAUUUGGUGCGUGCACAUAUAUAACAUUUUAUACCCGCUGGCUACUGAGAAAUAAAGCUUGUAGAAGUAAAACAGAAAGCUUGUCAAAGACAUCUGUACAAAGACAUCAGCUGGCCAGCUACAUGUUGCCACGGUAGCGCUGACCAGAACCCCCGCCCCUGUCAGUGGGACGAACUGAUCCCAGCCUCCCCAUUGGCUGAAUCUCCUCUUCUGUGAGGCUGCCCAAUAACAAAACAGCAGGAAAACAUCUGAUGCCUCCAGAUCUGCCUCCUGUGAUGUCAUUUCCUCCUGCCUUAUUAUUCGAUGAAGAGUUUUGAAAACCGUCCCUCUCCUGAGCUUAAAGGAAAGAAACAGGGGCUUUGCCUGUCUAAAGAGGUGCGGUCAGUCUGCAUCUGUUUGAGUGAAGGUGUGUGAAACCUACAGAGCUGCCUUCAGUAGAAGGAUUACAGCAUCUCACAGGCAUAAAAGUAUGUGCCAACUGCGUUUUAAUUAAUACCACAAUGAGAAAAUUGUUGCUGUUAUUUUAAAAAGUUACUUUGCAUGAUCUCCCUGAUGUGUUAAACACAUUUUAAGACAUCAUAAUUUUAAAUUCACUGCAGGAAAUUGAUAUACACUUUAAUCAUUUUUUCA